UUGAGUCAGCCUAUAAAUCAGGUGUUACUGCCAUAUUGCAGUGAGUUGUCCCACUGAAAACGCACCUAAAACUCAAACAAUUGAUUUGACUGUAAACGUAUAAAAUAGCUUGUUGUUCAAUGUAGCCUACAUACAUCCUGUUCACAGAAGUUAAUUAAGUAAUUUUUGUUACGUUGUCGUACUGCUUGUGGAAAUGGUAUUUGUUCAUAAGGUGUCUAAACUCAUUUAGAAGAUAAGCUAUGCUGUAUGCUACCUAGAGUUGCAUCCAAAUAUAUUGGCACCCAUGCAGUUUUCAUAAAUUAUUCCCCAUUUAUUUUAAAAUAUACAUUGCUCACCAUACCUUGUUAUUGGAUUUUCAGCAUUGCGCAACCAAUUUUAUAUUUGUAAACGUAAGUUUACAAUUGUAAUUUAUAAAAUGACGACAAAUGGCAUGGAAAAUAUUAUUGGCACCCCGGAGCUAGUACUUGGUUGCAUAGCCUUUGGCUAAGAACUGCCAACAAAUUAUUUUUGUAGCCAUCAAUGGUUAUGUUUACAUGCACACAAAUAAUUUUAUUUUAAACUGAUUGUCAUUUUUGCAAGGUUACGAAGAUGGGGGGAAAAAAGCAGUUUUUGAAAUAUUCUUGAUUUGUUCGUCAAGAGAGAUCAGGGUCCAGUGUAACGCAGAGGUCCUUCAGUUUUAUUUUAGACAACUGUACAAGCAUCAAUAUUCAUUUUCAGAUCUGACAGCAGAUCAUUGUUUCUUGGAACCUAGAACUAGCAUCUCUAUUUUGUCCAAGAUUAAAAGUAAAACAUUUGCCGCCAUCCACUUCCUUAUGUCUGAAACACAGGCUUCCAGGGUAGGCAAUUUUGGGGCUUCACCAUGUUUAAUCGAAAUGUACAGCUUUGUGUUGUCCACAUAGCAGUGAAAGUUGAUAGUGUUUCCGAAUGACAUCACCAAGAGGUAGAAUAUAUAGUGAAAACAAUAGUCCUAAAAUGGAACCUUGAGGGACAGUGAAACUUGUCAGAGGACAAACCAUCCGCAGAGACAAACUGAUAUCUUUUCGAUAGAUAAGAUCCUAACCAGGCAAGAACUUGUCUGUGUAGACCAAUUAGUGUUUCUAAUCUCUCCAAAAGAAUGUGCUGAUCGAUGGUGUCAAAAGCAGCACUAGGGUCUAGAAGCACGAGGACUGAUUCAGAACCUUCGUCUGAUGCCAUUAAAAGGUAAUUUACCAGCUUCAUGAGUGCAGUCUCUAUGAUAAAAAACUGACAAUCAUUUCAUAUACAUUAUUUGUCUUCAGUGAGCUGCUGCGCAACAGCAUACUCAGGACAACUGAGCGUUGGAGAAAUACGCAGAUUCAAAGUGGAGUCCGUAACUUGCUUUCUAAUAAUCAUGAUCUUUUCAUCGAAGUUCAUGAAUUGAUCAUUGCUAUCAAAGCUAACCUCUCGUUGAAUUACGUUUGUUUUUUUAGUUAUCUUUGCGACGGAAUCAAAAAUAAAUGUAGAAUUCUUCCUAUUCUCUAAGUUGGAAAAAUAGGAUGAUCUAGCAGCAGUGAGGGCUCUUCGAUAUUGCACAGUACUGUCUUUCUAAGCAAGUCAGAAGACUUCCAGUUUGGGGAAGCACCGUUUCUGUUCCAAUUUUCUGGAAGCUUGCUUCAGGGCUCGGGUAUUUUCUGUAUGCCUGGGAGCUAGGUUCUUGUGACAAAUGUUUUUUUUUUUUUGCAUCUAGGGUAUUGUGCAAGGUUAAAUUAAGAUCCUCAGUUAGGUGGUUAACUGAUUUUUGUACUCCGACAUUCCUGGGUAGGUGGAGGGUGUCUGGAAGUGCGUCUAGGAAUCUUUGGGUUGUCCAAUGAAUUUAUAGCACAGCUUUUGAUGAUCCUUGGUUGGGGUUAGAGCAGAUUAUUUGUUGCGAUUGCAAAUGUAAUAAAAUGGUGGUCUGAUAAUCUAGGAUUAUGAGGAAAAACAUUUAGAUCCACAAUAUGUAUUCCACGGGACAACUAGAUCCAGGGUAUGACUGUGGCAAUAAGUAGGUCUGGAGACAUGUUGGACAAAACCCACUGAGUCGAUGAUGGCUCUGGGGGGGUGGAUUUAUGCUAUUAUCUGUACUUACUGGUGACACAGAUUCUGUUUCAUCCUUUCCUUCACUUAAAUUGCCCUUGCCUAAUGAUUGCAUCUGAAGCUGUGCUUGCAACACGGCUAUCCUCACUAUAAGGCAAUAGUUCUCCUGUAUAUUAUGAGUACAGUGACUGCAAUUAGAUGGCAUAGUGUUAAUGUUACUACUUAGCUUUUUCGGCUGGUGGUGGUUAGUGUCUGGGGUAAAAAGUUACGCGAGGAAAAAAAUAAAUAAGACGUUGAUAAAUGUAUUAAAAAUAAAACGUUUGGAAGAUUGCAUUUUGGUACAUCCAGGUUGUAUCACAACCAGCCGUGAUUGAGAGUCCCAUAGGGUGGCGCACAAUUGGCCCAGCAUCUUCCGGGUUUGUCCGGUGUAGGCCGUCAUUGUAAAUAAGAAUUUGUUCUUAACUGACUUGCCUAGUUAAAUAAAAAAUGAUUAAACACCGGAAGUACAUUAGUGGAACGGUGCGUUUGUCUUGCAGCAUUGCGUUUCAGUGCGUUCUGUGUGGCGCGUACGUUGGCUUUAUCGAAAGUAUGCAUCAAAUUCAAUGCAUGGACAACUUGACAGAAAUAGUAGCAGAAGGUAAAUGUUCAACUUUUUUGUUGCACACGUAUCCAGAUGAUGCUACAGUCCACUUUGCGCGAUGACACUGCAGGUGUGAUCGAGGCAUUAUGUGCGAGUCAAGUCGGCUACGCAUGCCUCUACCUAAUGUCAAUAUGCCUUGUCCAUUGCUGUUUUGAUUAGUGAUUAUUGCCUUAUUUCACUGUAGAGCCUCUAGCCCUGCUCAAUACGCCUUAGCUAAACCUUUAGUUCCCGCCUCCCACACAUGCGGUGACCUCACUUGGUUUAAAGGAUGUUUCUAGAGACAAUAUCUCUCUCAUCACUCAAUGCAUAGGUUUACCUCCACUGUAUUCACAUCCUACCAUACCUUUGUCUGUACAUUAUACCUUGACUCUAUUCUACCGUGCCCAGAAACCUGCUCCUUUUACUCUCUGUUCCGAACGUACUAGACGACCAGUUUUUAUAGCCUUUAGCCAUGCUCUUAUCCUACUCCUCCAAUCCUCUGGUGAUGUAGAGGUUAAUCCAGGACCUGCAGUGCCUAGCUCCACUCCCAUUCCCCAGGCGCUCUCAUUUGUUGACUUCUGUAACCGUAAAAGCCUUGGCUUCAUGUAUGUUAACAUUAGAAGCCUCCUUCCUAAAUUUGUUUUAUUCACUGCUUUAGCACACUCUGCCAACCCGGAUGUCCUCGCUGUGUCUGAAUCCUGGCUUAGGAAGACCACCAAAACCCCUGAAAUUUCCAUCCUUAACUAUAACAUUUUCCAACAAUAUAGAACUGCCAAAGGGGCCGGAGUUGCAAGCUACUACAGAGAUGGCCUGCAGAGUUCUCUCUUACUAUCCAGGUCUGUGCCCAAACAAUUUGAGCUUCUACUUUUGAAAAUCCACCUUUCCAGAAACAAGUCUCUCAUUGUUGCCGCUUGCUGUAGACCAUCCUUUGCCCCCAGCUGUGCCUUGGACACCAUAUGUGAAUUGAUUGCCCCCCCAUCUAGCUUCAGAGCUUGUGCUGUUAGGUGACCUAAACUGGGACAUGCUUAACACUCUGGCCAUCCUACAAUCUAAGAUUGAUGCCCUCAAUCUCACACAAAUUAUCAAUGCACCCACCAGGUACAACCCCAAAUCUGUAAACACAGGCACUCUCAAAGAUAUCAUCCUAACCAACCUGUCCUCUAAAUAAAUCUCUGCUGUCUUCAACCAGGAUCUCAGCAAUCACUGCCUGCAUCCGUAAACGGUCUGGUCAAAAGACCACCCCUCAUCACUGUCAAAUGCCCCCUAAAACACUUCAGCGUGCAGGCCUUUCUAAUCAACCUGGCGCGGGUAUCCUGGAAGGAUAUUGACCUCAUUCCAUCAGAGGAUGCCUGGUUAUUCUUUAAAAGUGCAUUCCUCGCCAUCUCACCCCUAACCCGGUCAACAGCCCUGCACCCCCCCCACAGCAACUUGCCCUAGCCUCCCCCAUUUCUACAUCACCCAAAUCCAGAUAGCUGAUGUUCUGAAAGAGCUGCAAAAUCUGGACCCCUACAAAUCAGCCGGGCUAGACAACCUGGACCCUCUUUCUAAAAUUAUCAGCCGAAAUUGUUGCAGCCCCAAUUACUAGCCUGUUCAACCUCUUUUGUAUCGUCUGAGAUCCCCAAAGAUUGGAAAGCUGCGGCGGUCAUUCCCCUCUUCAAAGGGGGAGACACUCUAGACCCAAACUGCUACAGACCUAUAUCUAUCCUACCCUGCCUUUUCUAAGGUAUUCGAAAGCCAAGUGAAAAAACGGAAAAUUUUGAAUCCCACCGUACCUUCUCCCCUAUGCAAUCUUGUUUCCGAGUGAUCAUGGGUGCACCUCAGCCACGCUCAAGGUCCUAAACGAUAUCAUAACCGCCAUCGAUAAAAGACAAUACUGUGCAGCUGUAUUCAUUGAACUGGGCAAGGCUUUUGACUCUGUCAAUCACCACAUUCUUAUCGGCAGACUCAUCAGCCUUGGUUUCUCAAAUGACUGCCUCACCUACCUCUGGCAGCCUAUGGGGGUGCCACGGGGUUCAAUUCUCGGGUUGACUCUCUUCUCUGUACACAUCAAUGAUGUCGCUCUUGCUGCUGGUGAUUCUCUAAACCACCUCUACGCAGACUACCGAUCCUUGACUUCGGCGAUGUCAUUUACAAAAUAGCCUUCAACACUCUACUCAGCAAAUUGGAUGCAGUCUAUCACAGUGCCAUCCGUUUUGUCACCAAAGCCUCAUACUACCCACCACUGCGACCUGUAUGCUCUUGCUGGCUGGCCCUCACUUCAUAUUUGUCACCAAACCCAUUGACUCCAGGUCAUCUACAAGUCUUUGCUAGGUAAAGCCCCGCCUUAUCUCAGCUCACUGGUACCAUCGCAGCACCCACCCGUAGCACACUCCAGCGGGUAUAUUUUACUGGUCACCCCCUAGCCAAUUCCUACUUUGGCUGCCUUUCCUUCAGGUUCUCUGCUGCCAAUGACUGGAACUUACUGCAAAAAUCACUGAAGCUGGAGAGUCCUAUCUCUCACUAGCUUUAAGCACCAGCUGUCAGAGCAGCUCACAGAUCACUGCUCCUGUACAUAGACUAUUUACAGAAGGCUAUCCAAUGACCUCAUCCCCAUACUGUUAUUUAUUUAUUUUUCUCCUUUGCACCCCAGUAUCUCUACUUGCACACUCAUAUUCUGCACAUCUGUCACUCCAGUGUUUCAUUGCUAUAUUGUAAUUAUUUUGCCACUGUGGCCUAUUUAUUGCCUUACCUCCCUUAUCCUACCUCAUGUACACACACUGUAUAUAGUCAAUAACACAGAAAAAGUCUGUUUGUUUAUUCCAUGUGUUACUUUGUAUGUGUCGCUUUGCUUUAUCUUGGCCAGGUCGCAGCUGAAAAAAAAGAAAAAGAAAUGCUGCGCCAUUGCGCAAAAUGGUACGCAGCAUCAUUUGGAUAUGUGUACAUCUAAAGUUAAACAUUCACCUUAUACUACCAAUUCUGUCAUGCCGUGUGCAUAUACAGUUUGAUGCAUACUUUCGAUAAAUCCGACUUAUGUACAACACAGAACAUACUGCAAAUGCCUCUGCAACACAAAUGCAGCGGCCCAUUGGAAAUUAAUGUACUUCUGAUGUACCAAAAUGACACUGUCGGUGUGAUCAAGGCAUAAAUUCAGGAACAACUGAAAAGUAUGCUUCUGCAUUUAUCAAAAGUCCCGUCAAGUAGCCUGAUUUCAAAUGUGUCUGUGUAAACAGGAUUAUUAGGGAUUAUAAUACAUUUGUGCCAGUAAUUUUGUCCAUGCCAUUUGCCUUUAUUCUCUCAAUUUAAACUUAAGGUUACUAAAGUAACAUGUGUUCUGCAAUGUUGAAAAUCCAUUUAAAAAUACUUAUUCUAGAAGAAAUAGGAAAUUGUUUAAUUUAAUAAAAGUGCAGGGUGCCAAUGUAUUUGGCAGCAACUGUACCUCCCUACCUCUAAAAGUUUACCUCUUGGAUGAUGUAGGAACACAACUGAUAUGGGAAUAGUCUGUGGAAUAUCGUUUUUGUUAAAAGCAAAGCCAUGUGUUUUUUUUUUUUUUGUUUUUUUUUCAAAUCACAUCUCUGCUAAAGGACAUAAUUUCAAAGAAGCCAUGUGUUUCAGAUUUAAGAUGAAAGGGAUGCUUAGGCCUUGCUGUGUUUAUGAGCCUGGCCCUGCUUUGGUGAGUCUUUGUCAUGACAUGUUCUUUAAUUAAAUCUUACAAUACUUUUGCCGCACACGCUGCACCACCUGAGUGGUCAGAUGCAUGCAGCAAGUACAUGCAUGUACCCCAGGCAGUAUUUAUCGGGAGGAGUUAGUUGUAAAUGGCCCAGCCCUCUUCCAGUUCCACCACAUGAUCCACUAUAAACAAGUGACAGCUUUUCUGAGAGGCAUACGAUGCAAUGUGGGUUGAGUAGUAGGGCAUGAAAAUAAGGUUGGUAUUACCAUCUGGAAGCAUGUAAUGUGUGGUAUGACAAAGCGCUAUAAAUACAUAAUCAUUCAGCAUUCCAGCUUAGAGACCUGUAUGUUUGGUACACGUCAAGCCCCUAGCAUAGGAUGACCCCUAGUAAUUUAAGAGGGAGGGGAGAGAGGGGCCCUCUGCAACUUUGAUUUUCAAACCCACUGACCCUGCUUUCCCCAACUCCCAACCCUCCACUCUUUUCCCAUCCCAUUUGGAACAGCUGCAGAAUAAUUUAAAACAGUGUCUGGCCUUCCAAUUAGUUUACCGUCACUGACCAGGAAUGGCUCUCUACGCCAUUUCACCUGAAGUUUUUAACCACAAAGGACUUUUGAUGCUUCAGUGCCUAGCAGCAGCUCCAAAAUAAGGCCGGGGAGGAGUGUGACAUGAGGUCUCACAACUAGCUCUGCUAUCUCUCACACUGACUCCCUAACGGGCUAGCUCUCCUUCGGUCCAGGCCCAAGGCUGCCUCUGGUCUGAAUAUUUCCCCCACCUUUUGUCCUCAUCAGUAGGUCUGCUCUGCAGUGGGAGAAGAGACACCAGGCGGGCACUGCUGGAUGUUGAGGCUGAGGUGUUCUGGAGCUACCUCUUCAGUCACACACAAAGUUUGGCAGGGAUCAAAGGAGGCGUAAACAGGCCUGUUUUUCUCCCAUCUGUUUCUGUAAUGGAUCCCAGGUCUCCUGAAAAAGCCCUGACAGUGGUUGCUGAGAGGAAUGAAAUAAAAUAUGAGUUGCACAAAAAAAUAGAGUAAAAACAAUAGUGCUGUGGUGAAAAUGUAAGAAAUUUCCAGGGCUAAUUGUGGUAACUUUUUAUUUUAUUUUUAAGGAUGGUAAAUGUUUGGAUAAGUUGUUGACCAGCUAUAUUUUUGUAUUUAAAUAUAAUUUAACCUUUUUUAUUUAACUAGGCAAGUCAGUUAAGAACAAAUUCUUAUUUACAAUGACGGCCUACACCGGCCAAACCUGGACGACGCUAGGCCAAUUGUGCCGCUGUUUGGGACUCCCAAUCACAGCCGGUUGUGAUACAGCCUGGAAAAGAGCCAGGGUGUCUGUAGUGACACCUCAAGCACUGAUAUGCAGUGCCUUAGACCGCUGUGCCACUCUGGAGCCCAAAGGCUUACUCCAUAUGACCUGUGAUCAUUCUGUCUUUUGGAAAGAGAACUACACAUGCUUUUUCUUGAAGUGUCCCAAUGGCACUAACUGCAAUGAUAUCUCCGUCGAUGACCUGAUAAGGAUACAAGAUAAAAACAUCAGUGGUCUUAAGUGUGACGCUGGACCUACCACUGAGUCUUCAAGUUCCAGUUCCAUAACUUCAUCAGAAAUCUAUCAAAACCCCACUGCUCCUGAAUUGACAGCCAGCAAUAAUGCCAAUCAAAGUACAGACACCUCUGCCCUCAAUGAGACUGACUCUACCUUGCAUUUUCGUGAGGAUAAUGGGCAGGCCCCCAUCUCCACUGCAUUUACUACCAUUACUGCAACACCCAUGCCAGCCGCUGAGAAUGACACCUUCAUUCCAAGUAAGACUGUUAGCAAUGCCUCCAGAGGAACUACAGUACCUGACAUACCCCCUAAGUCAACAGUCCAAACCUCUGAGACAACCACUUCAGUAAAGCAGGAACCCAGAACUACAACGACUCCCUCAGCCCUGACCCCUCCACCAGCCAAUCCACAGAUGACGACAACAGCAUUAUCAACAACAAAUACCACUACUAUCACCACUGUAGUACCAGUAGCAAUGCUGUUAACUACCACCACCACAACACACCCAAUAACAAAACCACCACCAACAACUACCACCACAACAGCAAUACCACCACCAACAACUACCACCACAACAGCAAUACCACCACCAACAACUACCACCACAACAGCAAUACCACCAACAUCAACUACCACCACAACAGCAAUACCACCACCAACAACAAUUCCAAACAUAACCACCCCUACCACCAUAGACUCAUCUAUAGUUGUGGAGAGGAAUCCAUCACCAACCAUUCCGGCGGUCCCCAGCUCUCAAGCUACCUCCAGAAAUGCCAUAGUCCCUUCGACCUUCAUUGUUGAGGUCAGCACAAAAAGGCUUGAUGGAGGUACCAACAGAGCCAUUAUAGACGUGGUUGCCGGGGGGCCUCUGACACGCCAGUUGGUGGACACAAGUAUCCUAUUGGCUGUCCUGUUGUUUGGCCUAGUCUUCUUCCUGGUUAUGGUUGUCAUCUUCCUCACACAGGCCUAUGAGAGCUACAGGACGAAAGACUACACCCAGGUGGACUACCUCAUCAAUGGAAUGUAUUCUGAUUCAGGGGUUUGAAAGUGACAGUUGAGUGUUUGUUUAUCUAAUUUCUUUAUUGGAACAGGAUUAAUAACUUGUGAGUUAACAGAUUGCCAAUUUUGCACCAGCCUUUUCUGUAGUAUUGUAAAAUUUUUCUGUCUUAAUGGUACUCAUGCCAAUUUCAUAGAUUUUCUUUCUUCAGCUACUGUAUGUAUAAAUUGCUCCAGGACUGUUGUGGUUUUAUUCAGGCCUUAACCUCUUACGAAGGGCCAACAAAUGCACCUCUUGGUUAUCAGGCCAAGGGCCAAAGUAUCGCAACAGUGGUUUGUUUGUCCUAUAUUUCUGUCUUACAUUUCUACGCAAAUGCUUCCAGCCCCAACCCAUAGGACGAAAGACAUAUAUAUAUAUAUGGUUAAGUACUUUUUUUUUUUUUUUUUUUCCUACGGAAUGUCAUUUGGAUUGUUGUGGGAAAGAGGGUGAAAAGGUUUAUAUGUGCGGUGGUUAUCAUUUUGUUUGUAUCCGUUGUGUAUGUAUGUCAUUUUUCAUGCCUUUUUUUCCUUUGUUCAUGACUAGCAUAUUUCCUUUGUUACCAUUCCUCUCCUUGGAUUAAGAUUGAAUGCCAAAUUGAUCACUGAAGCACAUUUACGUUGAAGCCAAGGGAAUUGUCUAGCCAUUUAUGAAGGAGGAGGAACAGUUUGUAUGAUGACCAAAAGAGACUUUCCAAGGCAGAGGAACUUCUGUCAAGGGUGGAAAUGGGUAUGAAGGCCUGUUAUGUGCCAAUUUUAAGUCUUACUAAUGCACUGUUAAAUUAUAGUAUUUGCAGUAAAGGGGAAAAAGUAAGAAUAAAAUACAUUUUCCUUUCA